AUGGAUGCAAAGCCCCAGAGAAUUCGCGUCCGUGGCGACGAGAACGCCCCCUUCCCUCUCGCAGCCGGCAAAACCCUUCACCAGAAAAACAAGUCCACUCCCGCCUUGUCCACCAUGUUUCAGAACGGCGCAAACAAGAAUGCCUCCAAGCGAGCUGCUUUUGGCGAUGUCAGCAAUACUGCCAAGCCAGUUCAUGCGGGCCGCGACGAUACUUCACUGGCGGGCAAGAAACAGACCAAGGGGGCCGAAAAGGCGGCGCUGAUCAUUGAGAAGAAGCCCAGCGUUCUGUCACAGCCGGCUCAGCGGCCCAUGUCGAUGGCUGGCAUGAAGGGUCUCUUGAACAAUGUCCCUAAUGCGAAACCCAUCGAGCCUUCCAAGCAGAUAGCCAUGCAGCAGCAGACUGCCAAUGCCAGAAAGACCUUGAACAAGCGGGCGACAGUGUUCAAGGACGCAUCGGAACCAUUGACCCAAAAAAGCGAAUACACAUCCAAGGAAACCAACAUUGAAUCAAAGGAGGGAAGCAGCAGGGGCUCCCUUACCCAGAAGUCCGCCGCGACGGCGAAGCAAACCACUAUCAAGGAGGAAGUAAAAGAGGAAGAAGCGAAGCUUGAUCUAGAAGAAAUCGAAGGGCCUUCUAGUGUGGACUCGGAAGUUGAGGACGGAGAGAAGGAUCUGCCCAAGGUCGACGAUGACCAUUGUAAAGUUCAGGAUCAUAAAGAGGUGUCUAAGACCCGCGAGCUUCCCGCAGCGGCAGAAGUCUCUGAAGCCAACCGUGCUGCGAAACCUCACCGUGACUCUGCAUCGGGCUCCCACGCGCCGGUUCAGUCGGAGCCCGAAGAGUACUGGGACGAGGAGGACGAGAACGAGGAAGACGAUGGGUAUAUCACUGCUCGCUCCUACCGUUCUCGUGGCGACAACACCACCGGCGGUGCCACCACGGUUCUUUUUCCGAAAUUCAACCAGCAAGUGAGGCGCGAACUGGCCCUUGCGAAGCAGGUUGUGGAGGCCACGCGAACCGAUGAAGAUAUCGAAGAUGAAUUUUGGGAUACAAGCAUGGUGGCCGAAUACAGUGAGGAGAUCUUUGAAUAUAUGAGAGAACAAGAGAUCAAGAUGCUGCCCAAUGCCCAUUACAUGGAUAACCAAGCCGAGAUCCAAUGGUCCAUGCGGUCUGUGCUCAUGGACUGGGUGGUGCAGGUCCACCAUCGCUUCUCGUUGCUUCCAGAGACCCUCUUUCUGUGUGUCAACUACAUCGACCGCUUUUUGUCUUGCAAGAUCGUCUCUCUUGGCAAGCUUCAGCUCGUGGGUGCUACGGCCAUCUUCAUCGCUGCCAAGUAUGAGGAGAUCAACUGCCCGUCGGUGCAGGAGAUUGUCUACAUGGUUGAUGGAGGCUAUAGUAUUGAUGAGAUCCUCAAGGCCGAACGAUUCAUGUUGAGCAUGUUGCAGUUCGAGCUGGGGUGGCCUGGUCCCAUGAGUUUCCUGCGGCGGAUCAGCAAGGCCGACGAUUAUGACCUGGAAACUCGCACUCUUGCCAAGUACUUUUUGGAGAUCACGAUCAUGGAUGAGCGUUUUGUCGGAAGCCCUGCGAGCUUUGUUGCCGCUGGCGCUCACUGCCUGGCUAGGCUGAUGCUGCGCAAGGGAACCUGGACUCCCGCGCACGUUCACUAUGCAGGGUACACCUAUACUCAGCUGCUCCCGCUGAUCUCUCUCAUGGUGGAGUGCUGCGAAAACCCGCGCAAGCACCACGCCUCGAUUUACGAAAAGUACUCCGACAAACGCUACAAGCGCGCUUCCCUCUUCGUUGAGAACGAGAUGAGACGAGGAUUUACGCUCCCAGAGCCGACCCGGGACAGUUCCUAUCCCGAUCGCAACGCAUCGCUUGAGGCAGCACACUAUUGGAAGCGCCAAUAG